UUUAGGGCACUCAUAUAGGGAGCAAGGAUGCAUUUGGGAUUGAGCCUAAGUGUGUUUUUGUUUUGAAUGAUGAGGAUGUGCAUGUAGGAGCUAGCUGGGCUAAUCUCGACUGUAUUGUGGAAGUAUGAUAAUUGCCUGACCAGCAGGACCACAUUCAUGAUGAACUUCGACGGUCUGGACCCGGGACUGGGCGAGUACGCGGCCGGCCUGCACGGAGGCCUGGAGCCCGGGCUGGACUCGACUCUGGACCCGGCGCUGCUGCAGGCCGUGGAGCUGGACCCGGACGCCAUGGCCGUGCCCGUGGCCGAGGGCAUGUACUCCGAGCUGCACAGCGUGGCGUCCGAGGUCGGAGUUCCAGUCACAGCGACCCACUUCGACUUGCACGAAGAGCUGCUGUGGAUCGGGAACCACCGGGGACAUGCAAGCUCCUUUUUUGGGCCCACAAUGGGGCGUUACUCCUCUUUCCAGGUGCACCUGGCUGAUGACAUUCGCCAUAUUCAGAGCAUGGACACCGGCGUCCUGUUUCUGACUAAGAGUAACCUCAAGUGCCUUACCCGCGGAGGCCUCGUCAUGUUCGACUACCCGAUGGAGGAGGGUGCUGACAUGCACAGUUUGCUGCUCACUGACAAUAACACGCUGCUGUUGGGAGGUUUGCAGAACUAUGUGACCGAGGUGGAUCUGAACACCGUACAGGAAACGCAGAAAUUCACCGUGGAGAUCCCUGGCGUGGCCAUCAUGAGGCAGUCUAAUCGUUUCUUCUUUUGUGGACAUACGUCAGGAAAGGUGUCUUUGCGAGAUCUGCGCACCUUUAAAAUCGAGCACGAGUUUGAUGCGUUCUCGGGCAGCCUUUCUGAUUUUGACGUGCACGGCAACCUGCUGGCAGCGUGUGGUUUCUCGAGCCGCGGCCUCAACGGCAUGUCAUGCGAUCGCUUCCUAAUGGUGUACGACCUACGCAUGAUGCGAGCUGUUACCCCUUUGCAGGUGCAUGUAGAUCCGCUGUUCCUGCGCUUCAUCCCCACCUACACCUCCCGGCUGGCCAUUAUCUCCCAGACAGGUCAGUGUCAGUUCUGCGAGCCCACAGGUCUGGCCAACCUGGCUGAUAUUUUCCACGUGAACACAGUGGGCCAGCUGCUAAUGAGCUUCGAAGUGUCGAGCAGUAAGCAGGCGCUGGCGUUCGGAGACUCGGGCGGUUGUGUGCACCUGUGGUCCAGCGCCCCCGACGUCUCCUUCAACGACUACUCCAGAGAGACGGAGCUGGCACUGCCAUGCCUCGUGGACUCGCUGCCCCAGCUGGACUGGAACCAUGAGCUGGUGCCACUUUCUCUGGUGCCCAUGCCACUCACCAGCACAGAGCCUCUGCUCUCAGACUGGCCCAGCAACCUCGUCACUCCCAGCCCCAGACGCGCACCUCCAGUUGACCCAGAGAUUUUGAGGACAAUGAAGACUGUUGGGUUUAUUGGAUACGCUCCGAACCCUCGCACACGCCCCCGAAAUCAGGUUCCUUAUAAGAUAAAGGAGGUGGAGCUGGAGUAUGACAGCUAUAACCAGGUUCCAGAAUCUCCAAUUGGACGAGAUGAGGAGCCUCACCUUUACAUGGUGCCAAAAAAGUACAGAAAGGUCACCAUCAAAUACUCCAAAUUGGGUCUGGAGGAUUUUGACUUCAAGCAUUACAACAGAACUCUGUUUGCUGGUUUGGAGCCACAUAUUCCCAAUGCUUACUGUAACUGCAUGAUCCAGGUGUUGUAUUUCCUGGAGCCAAUUCGAUGCCUGGUGCAGAAUCACCUGUGUCAGAAGGAGUUCUGUUUGGCCUGUGAACUCGGCUUCCUCUUUCAUAUGCUGGAUCUGAGCAGAGGAGACCCCUGCCAGGCCAGUAAUUUCCUACGGGCAUUCCGGACAAUUCCUGAAGCGUCAGCUCUCGGCUUGAUCCUGGCUGAUUCUGAUGAGCAGACGGGGAAGGCCAGGCUGGGUCGCCUAAUCCAGAGCUGGAACUGCUUCAUCCUCACCCAGCUUCAUCAGGAAACUCAGGAGCAGGAAGGACCUCAGGCUUACAGAGGGACCAGCAGUACGCUGGGUUCCUCGGGGGAGUCGGUGAUCGGCAGGCUGUUUGGCUGUGAGGUGGAGAACAGCAGUCUCUGUCGCUGUGGAAAGGAGACGGUGCGCUCCUCACUCACCCUGCUCUUCACUAUGCAAUACCCUGAGCAGAACUCCCUUGAAAAGUUCCCAGAAUAUGACUUUGCUGAAAUCCUGAAGAAGAGCAUCUGUCUGGAGCAGAGCACACAGGCCUGGUGUGAAAACUGUGAAAAAUAUCAGCCUACAGUGCAGACACGGAACAUCCGUUGUCUGCCUGAUGUGUUGGUGGUAAACUGUGAGGUGAACAGUGUGAAAGAAGCAGAGUUCUGGAAAGCCCAAGCUGAGUACUCAUUCAACAAAGCACUGAAGAAAGAAGCUGCAGAGCCACCAAAGCCUAAAGAGCCUCUUCCUACAGAGUGGUGCUUAGAGGAUGAGGUCUACAGUGUGGAAGGUUUAACCUUUGACACACGAGCAGAGGACCUGAGGCAUGUGUGGAUUCCACAGAGUCUAAAGAUGUGCAUUAAUAAGACACACGGUCUGGAGGUGUGCAGCUGGUCCGAGAAAGAAGAGUUAAGUCCAGAGGAAGAGUCUGAGGGAGCUGCUGUAUACGACCUGGUGGUCACUGUGCCUCACAUUCUCGACUCCCGUACAGGCGGAAACUUGGUGGCUCAUAUCAAAGUGGGAGAGACGUACCACCAGAGGAAAGAGGGGGUCACACAUCAGCAGUGGUACCUGUUUAAUGACUUCCUGAUUGAGCCCAUUGAUAAGACUGAAGCGGCUCAGUUUGAUUUAAGCUGGAAGGUGCCGGCCAUCAUUUACUAUGCCAAGAGGAACUACCAUACUAAAUAUGACCUGCGCAUAAAAAAUCCAAUUGAAGCCAAUGUGCUGCUGACAGAAGCAUCACUGGCCCGCAAACAGAGGAAGAGUCACGCCACCUUCAUCCCUCUGAUGGUGAGUGAGAUGCCUCAGGCUGGAGACCUUGUGGGACUGGAUGCGGAGUUUGUCACGCUCAAUCAGGAAGAGGCGGAGCUACGAAGCGAUGGCACCAAGUCCACCAUAAAGCCGAGCCAGAUGUCUGUGGCUCGUAUUACUUGUGUGAGGGGACAGGGGCCCAAUGAGGGGGUUCCUUUUAUUGACGAUUACAUUUCAACACAGGAGCAGGUGGUUGAUUACUUGACUCAGUACUCGGGAAUCAAACCUGGUGACCUGGAUGCCAAGAUUUCUUCUAAGCACUUAACCACUCUUAAGUCCACUUACCUCAAACUCCGCUUCCUUAUUGACACUGGAGUUCGUUUUGUUGGCCACGGUUUACAGAAAGACUUCCGAGUCAUAAACCUGUUGGUCCUGAAAGACCAGGUGAUAGACACAGUCUACCUCUUCCACAUGCCCAGGAAAAGAAUGAUCUCCCUGCGUUUCCUUGCCUGGUAUUUCCUGGACUUAAACAUUCAGAGUGAGACCCAUGACAGUAUAGAGGACGCACGCACCGCUCUGCAGCUGUACAGGAAGUACUUAGAGCUGAGCCGUGGUGGGCAGGAGGAGUUCCGGAAAGUACUGAAGGGCCUUUAUGAAAAAGGACGUAAGCUAGACUGGAAAGUGCCAGAGUCAGACUCGGCAGACAGCCAGGGAAGCCCCAAAGGUACUGCUGUGUUCCCCUCAGUGCUCGGGUUAUGAUCAGAGUGAAAUUCCUUUGGCAGAUGUAACAUUCCAGCCAAAUGGACUUCUCCCUAUUCUUCACUCAUCCAUCCAGGAGUCCUCAAUAUUGCUGACAAAGCCAGCCGGUUUAUCACUAUGCUCAUUGUCUUGCUGUUACAAACACUGGAAAAGCAAACACUGAUUUAUACCAGUUAUUUAAGGAAAAGUGAACAUGCAGUUGGGAAAAAAAAUUAUACAUUUGGCAUCUGUUCCCUUAGAUUGGUUUAAAGGAACAAAAAAAAGUACACAAUUUUCACUUUACAAAACAUGUUUGGUCAGACGUUUGCACCGGGAUUACAAAGCUAAUGUACCGGGAAUAUAAAAAGUCUACACACCCCUGUUACAACUGCAGGUUUUUAUGAUGUAAAAAAUGAAACCAAUAUAAAUCAUGUCUGAUCUUUUUCCACCUUUAAUGUGAUAUAGCCACCAAAAAAUUAAAGUGAAGAACAAAUAGAAAUGUUUUAGGGAAGAAAAAAAAAAACUUGAAAUAAUCUGGUUGCAUAAGUGUGCACACCCCUUAACUAAUACUUUGUUAAAGCACCUUAUGCCUGUAAUACAGCACUCAGUCUUUUUGGCUAAGUGUCUACCAACUAGCAUGAUUUGACAGUUUUAUUCCACAUCUGUCAAACUGCAGCCUCUUCAAGUCCAAGUCAAGUCAGUUUAGAUCUGGGCUCUGACCGGGCCGUUCCAAAACGCUGAUCUUUUUCUGGAGUCAUUCCUUUGUUGACUCGGAUUUGUGCUUUAGGUUGUUAUUGUUCUGGAAGGUGAAAUUUUUCUUCAGCUGUCUAACAGAGGUCUGCAGGUUUGUGCCAAAAUAGAUUCCCAGGUGAAGAGAAGCAGCUCCAUAACAUGAUGCUGCCACAACCAUGCUUCACUAUGGGUAUGGUGUUCUUUGAAGCUGUCUUGUUUUUGUGCCAAACAUAUCUUUUAGAAUUACACACAAUAAGUUCUACCUUGUUCUCAUCAGACCAUAAUACAUUUUGCCACAUGGUUUUAGGUGAUUUAAGCAGAUAAAAUUCUUUUGUACUCCUCUUCUGGUCGAUACUUUUCGACAGUGACAUCCUGUACAUGCUUUAUAAGGUCUGUGUGAACCAUGGCUUCCAUCAGUUGGAAGAUGAUGUCAAGAAAAUCCUACAGGAAACAGCUGAUCUUUAUGUGGGGUUAAUCACUUCAUUGAUGACAGGUGUAUUACAUAAAGUUGAACUGUAUUUUGAAUGUGAUUAAUUCUGAGCACAGUCACAUGUUCCAAGGGUGUGCACAUUUACGCAACUAGUUAUUGUACAUUUUUCUUUUUCUUUGUUUCUGUAAAAUAUUUCUAUUUGUGUUUUCCCUUAACUUUUGUUGGGUGCUGUAUCACAUAAAAGGUGGAAAAAGAUCUGACUUGAUUUAUCUAGCAGAUUUUUGUGAUGAAUGCAGUUUUAACAGGGGUGCGUAGACUUUUUAUAUCCAGGGUGGCAUGUAGCCACCAGUUUAGCAUCAUGCAAACUUCAUGACAAAAUCUUCACACACUCACCUCAGUUUGUUGUCAAGAAGUUCAAUAUCUGACUUCAUGUUUGACACUUAAAAUACACUGUAUAAUAAAUAAAAAAAGUUUAAUUUAUAUAGCAACGUCCUGAAACUCUGAUAAUAUUUCAGUUCACUUUAUUAAUUUGAUUUUAAUAGAUUUAUAAUAGACUCAAGGGUGAGUGUGUGUGAAACGUCUUGGCUAAUUGAUGACAUCUGUGGUAAGGGGGAAAUUGUGGAAAUGUAAUUUUUGCUCAGAUGAUCCCUUUUAGAUGUUACAUGGAGGCUGAGUGUUUAAGACUCUGUGCUAAUGAUCUGGGCUGAAUUUCCCAAAAGCAUUGCAAAGUUACAUUAUUUUAACUGGGAGAGAGAGUGUUCAAUGUGAUGCUUGCUUUAAAUGAGUAAAAAUGUAAAUGUAAGUGAAGGAUUGGAAUUAUACCCAGGGCUGAUACAGUUACCACAUCACUGGGCCAAAACUGCAUAUAUUUACAUCUGCAUUCAUCAACUCCGCAAUUUACUGGUGUUGUUGGAGUCACUUUUUAAGCAUCUCAAAAUAAGCAUUUUAAGAAAUGUUCAAAUUGUGGUGUUCUUAAACAAUACCAGCAUUUUGGAAUUGGGUGAGCUAUCCACAUCCAGUCUAGUUUGAAGAUAAUGGCUAUUAGUGACAUCUUUGAAUUUGCAUUACAUGCAAAGAUUUUGAGAUUUAACUUUUUUUUAAUAAACCGAUUUUUCUAUCAGUGCAGCAUCACAAAUCCAUCAUAUGAUGUAUGUUUCAUUCCUGGUUCUAUGCUGACUACACAUAGUACUGGGGCAAAUUUGCCUCAGCUUUUCCUGCUUUGACCUUCCUGUACAGUCAAACAUUGCACUUAUUGAAUUUUGGUGUUAGUACAGGAAGCCAAAGCAAACAAACUGUUGUGUUUUUGUAUUUUGUAACCAUGAUGUAUACUUUGAUAAUGAGGCAGCUGAAUAAACAUUUUUGACACUUUG